UGGUCUCCUCUCAUCUGCAGUCUUCAGAGGGGCCCAUAUGAAGUCCGUUUGUUAAGACGUAUACCUGAUUCACGUUUGUCCUUUAAACACUUCUCCCUGACACACAUUGACUUUGUUUACUCCAGAGAUGAAUGUCCUCUCUGUUGUGAAUCUCUACACUUUCCGCUGACGUCAGUUUGUAUUAUAUUUGUAUCUUUAUGUAGUAUCCACACAUCUAUCUUAUUUUGAAAUCUCUAACCGGAAACGGGGCAGAUGACGCCAUCACUCCCCGGUGUGUAACGGUCUGUUUUAUGGUCACCGUUUACCGGUUUUUCAUCAGGAAUCUUUCCUCCCGGUUCUUACCGUUAUGGCGGCUCGUGCCCGCCUCUUCACGCUCGCGCUGCUGUCCUGUUUUCCCGCGCCGGGGUCUUCGCGCAGAGACGUGCUCGAACUGAGUGAUGCGGACUUCGACUACCUGUCGGCGGGGCACGAGACCCUGCUGGUCACGUUCUAUGCUCCAUGGUGUGGUCACUGUAAGAAGUUAGGUCCAGAUUUUGAGAAGGCAGCGACCAGACUGAAGGGAACCGUGCAGCUGGCCAAGGUGGACUGCACAGCUAACCCUGAGGUGUGUGGGCGGUUCGGGGUGUCGGGUUACCCCACGCUGAAGAUCUUCAGGAAUGGGAGAGACUCUGCCCCCUACGAUGGACCCCGCUCUGCAGAUGGGAUCUAUCACUACAUGAAGAAGCAGACGGGUCCGGACUCGGUUCUCCUGCAGACUGAAGAGGAGCUGCAGGCCUUCAUCAAACACUACGACGCCAGUGUGGUCGGUGUGUUCCCAGGUGCAGGCAGCUCUCACCUGGCUGAGUUCCUGAGGGCUGCAGGUCUGCUGAGAGAACAGUUCAGGUUUGCUCAUUGUGUAGACCUGAAGCUGGGGGGGCAGUACGGAGUCACCUCAGAGAGCGUGCUGUUGGUCAGACCCCCCCGACUGGACAACAAGUUUGAGGACAGCGUGGUGGUCUUCAAAGAAUACCUGACCAUCGGGUCCCUGAGACGCUUCAUCAGAGACAACAUUCAUGGUAUGUGUCCUCACCUGACAAUGGAGAACAGAGAUGGUCUGAGGGUCCGGGACCUGCUGACAGCAUACUACGACCUGGACUACCACCACAACCCCCGGGGGUCCAACUACUGGAGGAACAGGGUGAUGAAGAUGGCGUCUACAUUUUCUGCGCGGGGCCUGUUGUUCUCUGUAGCCAAUAAGAAGGACUUCCUGUCUGAGCUGGAGGAGGACUUCGGCCUGGGAACAUCAGACGGAGGAGAACUGCCCUUCGUCACAAUCCGGACCAAACUGGGCCACAAGUACACCAUGAGAGAGGAGUUCACGAGGGACGGUCAGUCUUUGGAGAGGUUUCUGGACGAUUACUUCGCAGGUCGUCUGAAGCGUUAUAUAAAAUCUGAACCGGUGCCUGAGAAGAACUCUGCUGCAGUCAAGACGGUCGUGGCGGAGAAUUUUGACGAGCUUGUCAACAACCCGGAGAGAGACGUUCUGAUCCAGUUCUACUCGCGGUCCUGUUCACACUGCAAGAAGCUGGAGCCGGUCUACACACAUCUGGCUGAGAUGCUGUCCUCUAAUCCCAACAUCGUGAUCGCCCGGAUGAACGCGGGCGACAACGACGUCCCCAACGGAUAUGACGUGCAGGGGUACCCCACCAUCUACCUGGCCCGGGCCGGUAGGAAGGACGAGCCACUCAGAUACGAGGGGGGACGGGAGCUCAGAGACUUCAUGAAGUUCCUGAAAAGCGAGUCGAGUCACCGGCUGCGGGUCGGGGGUUCAAAGGUUGAGCUCUGACACGCCUCCAUCGUCCAAUCAGAGGAGACUACAGAACGCUUCCUUGACAACGGAACGACACAGACUUUUAAAUGUUGAUUUCUUAUUCAUUAAGAUGUGAAUGUGCGAGGGGGCGUUGUCAGGUUUUCAGAAGACGUUAAAAGGCAUUCUGGGAAAUGUAGUGAUAUCUGAGAUUUAAACAAAUCCAUUUUUUAUGUAUGAAUCCUUACAUUUGUCUUUACAAAAGAGAAACAGCCCCACCCCAUGUCAAUUUAAUGAGUAAUAUAUGUGAUUGCUUUACAAGGUUGAUUUUUUGAAACGUUAUAAUUUAAGCUUUUUUAUUUAUUUGUAAAUGUUUUAUUUAUAUUUCUUAAUGUUGUUAUUUUAUAUGUUUCUCUUUUACAGAUUAAUUAUUUUGUAUUGUGUAAUGUUUGUUUAAACUACACUUCCUGUCACUUCGCUAAUUCACCGUUAUUUAUUAAUAUGUAUGUUAAUGCUCAAACUCUUUAUUUAUUUCUGUAAAUCUGUGUUUUGUAUUUUUCAAAAGUCUUUUAUUUAUUCUCUAUGUUUUUGUACAUUUUGUGAAAAACUGAUGCAAAAAU